CAGAGAUGUUGACACGUGUGUGCAUAUAUAUACAAAAGAGAGAAAUUGAAAAACAAAAAAGAAAUAUAACAAUAUAUGGCCAAUACAGCAAAAAAUAUGCACUUACAAGUCAAAGUUUUCUCAUCUUUUAUCAAUUAGCUUUUUGCAGCACGUAAAUAAAUCAUUAAAACUCGGUUUAAGUGGCACUCGUCAUAACCUUGAAGAAACAUAGACCAGCUCUUCGUCUUUGUACAUGGAGAAAAGAAAUCAACAUAAAAGUAGAAUAUGUAUUAUCCUCUCUCUUUUCACGUCUUCAGCUGUACCGAUUUCAUCUUCGCAUCUUGUAGAACGUUUUAUUGCGUUGAAAAUUACAAUUUUCGAAACGUCGACUCUUUUUUAAUUCCUAAUUUUUAUCAAAUUAAUAUGAAUUUAAAAGCAUCUACUACUAGAAAAAUUAUAUCAGUUUUGCAAAUUGGUAUGUGUUUAGCUAUUAUUUUAAUUGUAUUUUGGGUUGGUGUUUGGAUCGUAAAUCCAGCAGAAACUAACUCAAUUGUUAUUAAUAAAACGUACAUAGAUCAUUUGGUAAAACAGAUUCAACAAACAAUAUCCAUAAGCAUGAGAAUAAUAACGAUAAAAAGAAUAUAGGAAAUAAUAAUGCUAAUGGUAAGACAGUUCCGAUUUAUUCUUAUAAUAUAUGUUCACCAAAACUACAAGAUAAAACAUUUUCAUUUGCAAACUUAAAUCAUACAUAUAAAACUGCUUAUCCAAAUGAGACAUUUGAAUUACCGUUUCCUCGUAUGCGAUUGACUGAAGUCAUAAUCAGGAUUUAACUUAACCGAGCCAAUUUUAUUAGUUGUUGUUGAAACGUAUUAUAAUGUUCAUGAAGGAAUGUUUCAUUUGAGUAUUAUUUUGGUGCCGGAAAAUCGUGCUGUAACUGAACAAUACAGAAAAAUUAAUCAGAAUAGUAAUAUGAGAUGGGGUCAGUAUUUAAUUGAUCCUUGGCGUCCAAUAAUAACAUUUAUGAGACCAAAUCUCUUUUGUAUGGAUUCAAUCAACAGAAAAUUAACUCCAACCGAUCAAAUCAUUACAUAUCAUCAAGCUCAAUUUGAAUUAAGAUGUCCAUAUUCAGAAUUUCCAAAUCCAAUACCUGAGUCUGAUAAACCAUUUAAUAUUUCAUUAUUUUGGAUUCCAAAUCUACAACCAAAACCAACAAGUUCAGACAUUCGCAGUUCCGCUGGUCCAGAACAAAUUUUAUUAUUCAAACGUUUGCCUGAACCAACUGGUAAAGAAUAUGCAGCGAAUAUACAGGAAGCAAUUAAACUAUCUGGAAAUACACAAGGUGCAUAUGCUGAAUUGACUGAUAAAUAUGCUGAAUAUCGUGGUUCAGCUUCAUUAAAUAUAAAAAUUUGUCCAGGCCGUCGCACAAUCUAUAAUUUUGUAUCAUGCAUAAAAUCAUUAGUUGAAACUGAAUAUCAAAUAUUAAAACAACUAAUAGUUGAUCACAUUCAAUAUCAUGCAUAUAUUGGUGUUGAUAAGUUUUUUAUUGGUGAUCGGACUGGUGAAUAUGAACCUAUACUGAGACCAUACAUCAAAACGGGUUUAGUUGAAUAUAUUUAUGCACCAGAAAUUUGUCGUCUUAGACACAUGUAUUCAGCGAAAUGGCAGGGUAUAUAUGAUUGGGACGAAUUCAUGGUUUUUCCUCAACCAACUAAAAAUUCACCAGCCAAUAUUAAUUAUUUUAAACAAUAUCCAAAUCCAUGUUUACAAUCUAUCAACUCGAUUCAACUACAAUAUGAUGCAGUUCAAUCAUCACAAGAGUUUCAAACUCAAUCAAAAAUUUGGUUAGAAAAGUAUAAAGCAAAUAAUUCCAUCAAAAUAACAGAGUUUGAUCGAACAUUAAUAUUGAGAGUUUUUGAAAUGCCAUUAACACACCGAUAUCCUUAUUGUAAUACUAAACCUCAUCAUACCCAAGCACGUAAAUAUUAUUUUCGUCCUUCAUCAUUGUGUGUUCAUUACAAUCAUUGGCCAUUUUGUGAUCCACAAGGACAGUAUGUUGAUUGGACAAGUUUUGAUGAAGCUUAUCAAAUGCACUAUAAAAAUGCGCUUGUUAACAGAGAUUCAUUUAUAGGUCAAUCAAUUGAACACAGGCCAGAACCAAUUGAAAUUUCAAAUUUUAUGAAAAGAUUUAUGUAUGCAGCAAAGAAAAAUGUUUAA